AUGAUAAUAUCACCAAAGAAAACAAAAAGUAUGGUAAUCUCUAAAGAUCCAACAAGGUGCAAGCUGGAAGUGGACAACAAAAUAUUCCAGCAAAAAAGGAGUAUCAGCUACCUGGGAGUGCUAAUGCACAGUUAUGGAGACACAGGAGCGGAAGUUUCCCAACAAGUAAAAAAAGCCAACAGAAUAGCAGGAUGUCUUAAAUACACUAUCUGGUGCAACACACAUCUACGGACAGAAACAAAGCCCAAGAUCUAUAGGACAGUAAUUAGGCCAAUUAUGACUUACACUACAGAAACAAGACCUGGCACCACAAGGACAAAAAGACUGAUGCAAACGUGUGAAAUGAAAAUAGUCCGAGAUAUCACAGGAAAAUCAUUAUGGGAUAGACAACGUAGCAUAGACCCCAGGCAACGCUGUAAUAUAGAGAAUAUAAAUGGCUGGACACUGAAAUGA